CUCGGGGCGCGGCGAACGGCUCCGUCCCUGUGGCAACGGAGAGAGGGUGCGCGCGCGCGGCCCGCUCGAGCCGCCGGCGGGGCGGCCAUGUCGCUGCUGAGCGGGCCCCGACAGCGGCUCCGCGGCGCUGCCAGGAAGGGACCGAGGAAAGCGACGGCGGCCAAGCGGGAUUGGGACAGUACUGUCCAUGAUUUGACGGUUCACCGUGCAACUCCUGAGGACAUCCUGCGUCGCCAUGAAAUACACAAAUCAAAAAACAAAGCACUGGCACAUCUGGAACUGCAAGAGAAGGCACUGAGAAGAAAAUGGAAGAAGCAAAAACAGUUGGCCCCUGAUUCGUUGGAGAAAAGGAAAUUGGCCCUGAUGCAUGAGAUUCUCUCUGAUCAAUAUGAUUUGCAAGAUGUACUGAAACGGUCUGAUCAGGUUAUGGCUGUGGUAAAAGACUUGUUUGGGAAUGCCCCUCGCAUGCGAACAGGUUUCCCUAAUGUAACAAUGGCUCCUAACUGUGACUUAGAAUCAUCUCAGGGACCCAUCGUACAAAAAUGGGAACCUCCCACUCAGCUUUCCAUCCUUAGUGAAUCUGUCAUGGAUUCCCAGGCUCUUAAUGAGGGGGGAGAAGAGGAGGCAUUAUCCAUAUGCCAAUCAGAAAAUGGACAGCACGAGUCUCUGAAUUUCAAAUCCAGAAUCAAUUGUGACAGGCUACUUCGUAUAUUGAGAGAAGAAAAUUCCUCAGCAAAUUCUGAGUUGUGGGCUGAAAGAGAUUUGAGAAAAACUACUGUAUCACAGGAAAUACCUUUGACUCCAACAAUUCCAUCUUCAUCAUUGGAACAUUCAGCCCUCAAUGCUUCCAGUGUAGUCAAGAGAAUCCAUUCAAGACAUCAGAAUCAAGAUGAAGAAGAGACCGUAGACUCUGCUUAUACUGUGAGACAAGUGCUGAACCCAAACUCAAGCAAAGAAAAGCAAAUUUCAGCAAAAAUGAAAAGGAAACAAACUGCACAGAACUCUACAAGGCAGAGGAGAGAUGAUUCUCCUGCUUAUUCAAUCCCCAUGGACCUUCAGAGGGACAGUAAAUCCAGCCUAGAUGUUCUCAGCUGCAUGAUACACGAAGUGGAGCAUGAAUUAGAGGAAUAUGAGCGAUGUACAGGCCGUGAGGUUAGAAAACUGCAGAAAAGUGAAGGCAUCACCGGAUUUACCUCGUCACUGGUGAAUGCUCUCUGUCGUUUGAUGCGCUACCUCAAAGAGAGUGAAAUGCAACUGCAUGAGAAAGAGAUGAUGAGGCAGCAUCAUGAAGAGAUGUUGAAUGAGCACAGAGAACUAAUUGACGCUCUGACUGCUGAAAUACUUCUAGUAAGGGAAGAAAACAUUGCUAUGCAGAAAAAGCUUCAGCAGUACAUGAUCGAAACAGAUGAAAAGAUGACCUCUCUCACACAAGCAUUUAAAGGCCUCCCUUUGAUAGAACCUAGGAGAGAAGACUUAAGUCCAAGCCAUUUUGGAAUUGCACACAGAAGUCCAUCAUGCACCCAAGAAAAACCUGAUCUGAGCUAUUUUGAAUCCAGGACUGAUGAAGGCGAAAGGAAGAAUAUGCUGAAAUUCCCACAGGAAGAACACCCUGUCAGGACUCCUCAGAGGCCAUGUGCCCCAGUAUUUACAACUGUUUCUCAGCCUGCUGAAAACACUGUGAGAGAGCCAUGCAAGGAGAGGAGCUCACCUUCCCCCCUGAAAACGUGGAGCAUGACUGAAGAAAACUGUCUCAUGUCUCAAAGGCAACCAAUUCCUCCUGCAGACAAAGACUUGCAGAGUUCCCAAGAGAAAAUCAGUUUGUCCUGCCCUGCUGACGCUACCAAAAAUGACACAGUUGGAGAGUUCUCUCAAAGCAGUGAUCUGCUGGGACAGAUAGCUGAGCUCACACGGCAGAACUCACUAAUUAAAGCUCAGCUGAGCAAAUUCAGAAGCUUCUCUGAAGACAUAAGUGACUGUUUGCCUCAGCCAGACCCAAUACAGAAUUCAAAUUCUUGUCCAGACUCUUCACAAGGGCAGGCUCAUGUUGUGGUACCAAAGAGCUUGGAGGAAAGAAUAGCAGAGCUGAAUCGUCAGAGCACAGAAGCACGUGAUAAACUGCUGCAGCUAAUAGAUGAGCAGAAAUUAGCUGCUGCUGAUACAGUCUCUCAGAGAAUAUCUCCAGUUCUGCCCGCAUCCCGAAAUUGUACUGAAAAUGCAAGGAGGACAGUUGAAGUGUCUGUUCCUGUGGCAGCUUCUGUGGACAGCUCCAAAGAAGACAGUGUUUCCCCUGGCAGUGUGACCACUAUGAGAAGGUCUGUAGGAGGCUCUAGCAAACCUUCUUCACCCCUAAGUACCACAUCAGAAAGUGUGACGUUAAAUCCUGUCAGUCACAGGCCAAAGGCAGAAAAGCAAAAAGAAGAAGGCUGGUUUGCAUUGUCAAUGCACGUUAUGUAAAGGAAGCUGCGCUCAAGUACUAUUAUUUAUUUAUUUUAUAAACUUUCUUACAAAUCACAUUUAUAUCACUGUAGUCUCCCUCUCCGGAUGUACGCUUUAACUCUGAAGUGCUUUCCUGUGAAUUUAAAAAGCUCAGUAGUGCUUACUGUAUUUGUGCCAUACAGAAUACCGUAGGAAGUCCUGGGGAUGAGUUUCCAGAACAGACAUGCUGCUGUAACGCAACUCCUUUUCGCUCAAUAAGUCUUCUGUAAGUUUGUAAACCAGGGCUGGUGUAGCAAUGAGCUGUUAUUGUAUCUGUGGGUUGCAUUACAUGUACAGGUUGUAUUACCUAUGCUGAAGAAAAAUGAUUCAAGAAAACAUUUGAGAAACUUGAAAUUUCUGCAGCACGUAUCUCUACAAGAUAAGGGAUUGGGAAAAAAAAGAAAAAAAGAAAGGGAAACUGAGAUGAGGGACUGCACAUACGUGUUCAAAAGCAAUGUGGGGAUCAGGAAGCCCGUCUGUUCCUGCUGGAUAAGAAUUUGCUUCAGAAAUUACUUGCUCCUUCUAUGCUUUAUAGUUGCCCCCCAAAAAGGUGUUUUCAGUGCAGUUAACAUACCAAGGACUGCUUCUGAACUUGAGGAUUGCUUUUUUAAAAAAGUUAAGUAUUUUUUUAUAACAAGCAUAACUUGACUUGUGGAAGUUGAAUUAAGAGUUUCUAUUUGUAACAUACUGAAGUAUCAUCUCUGAUGCAACAGAAAACUGAUGAGAGUGCAAUUGUAUUAAGGUAUUCUGGUGUGUGUGUGCAUACGUAUAUGUUGUUUGUAUGUUGUUUUUAUUUGACUUUUUAAAAUAGCCAUCAUUUUAGUAUUAAUGUUAACCAAUAAAAUCUAGGAUUAUCACAAA